UCUUUGUCUGGGAUCGCAUUCCUCCGCUCGCAGUCGCGGCAUCACGCGAUUUGUCCACGGGCGGAUGUCCGGGCGGAGUUUAGUCCGAGCCAGACAUAUGGACGAAGCAAUCGGCCCACUUUUCUGGAAAGUUCUUUUAGGGUUGGGUGCGGGAGGGCAGUUCCUGCUAUAAAAGGACGGCGCGUCGAUCCCAGCAAAAGCGCAAAGCGGUUGUUUUCUUGAGUUGUCUCGUUAAGUCUUCCUCGGCCGUCUUUGUAUCUCCUUCCAGCCCUCUGCCGGCUCUCUGUGUGUGAGUCUCGCGUCUCGCUUCGUCUCCCGCACACAAACAAAAUCGCCCCUGUGCUCCUCCUCCUCCAUUGCUUAGGCGUCUUCGUUCUGCGUGGUCCGUGCCGGCGCCUAAACCGCAACAGCCACCGCCACAAACCCACCCGCAGGCAAAACGAGCCACCCGCCGCUGCUCGCGUGAACCCGAUCGAAGCAAGAAAGCGAUGGCCACUACGCUACGCAUGCUGCUGCUGGUGGCAGCGCUGGCUUCCGGGGCUGCCGCCGCUGCCGCCGACGGCAAAAAGAAGGCGACGGAGCCCAAGGCGGACGCGGCGGCCGUCACCAACGCCACGGCGGCGCCCAAGAACCUGAGCGAGCACGCCAAGAAAGUGGGCGAGGGCAACUCGGCUUUCGCCAUCGACCUCUACCAAAGCGUGGCGAAGGCCGUGCCGGCCACGGAGAACGUGGUCCUCUCACCCGUGCUGGUCGCAUCGGCGCUGGGGGCGGCUCAGCUCGGAGCCUCCUCGGCCACGGCGUCGCGGCUGCUGAAGGCCAUCAACCCGUCGGGCCUGCCCGGCGAGGGCUUCCACUCGGGCCUGGCCGAGGUCCUGGGGGACUUGGCCUCGCAGGAGGAGGAGGCCGCCGCCGCCGCAGCCACCUGGAGGAACCACACGUGGAAGGCGGCGUCGCGCGUCUACGCGCCGAGCGGCGUGACCUUCAGCCAGGGCUUUGUGAGCUCCAGCAAGGCCCGCUACGGCCUGCAGCACGACAUGGUGAACCUCAAGGACAAGCGCGGCGCCCUGAAGGCCCUCAACGAGUGGGCCGCGCAGAACACCGGCGGCAAGGUCAAGGAAGUGGCCAAGGAGCUGAACGGCGCGGACGGGGCGGUCUUCGUCAAUGCGCUCUUCUUCAAGGGCCGCUGGAAUGAGAAGUUCCACCACCAGAUGGUGGACACCCGCGGCUUCCUCACCAGCCGCUCCCACACCAUCUCCAUCCAGAUGAUGCACCGCACAGGCUUCUACAACUUCUACCACGACGAGAAGGCGCAGGUGCAGUUGCUGGAGAUGCAGCUCAAGGGCAGCCUGGAGAGCCUGCUGAUCGUCCUGCCACUGCACACGGAGUCCCUGGAGCGCCUGGAGAAGCUGCUCACCAAGCAGCAGCUCGAGGAGUGGACCUCCAAGCUGCAGAAGAAGACCAUCGCCGUCUCCAUGCCCAAGGGCUUGCUGCAAGGCUCCGCUGACAUCAAGAACUCCCUGGCCGACCUGGGCCUGGCGGAGGUCAGCGACAAGGCGAAGGCCGACUUCUCGGGGAUGACCGGCGGCCGGGAGCUGCACCUGGGCUCGCUGCUCCACGCGGCAGCGCUAGAGUUCGACACGGAGGGGGAGGAGUACGACAUGUCCGUGCACGGGCACCCUGACAUGCGCAACCCGCACCUCUUCUACGUCGACCACCCCUUCUUCUUCCUGGUGCGCGACGCACGAUCCGGCGCCACGCUGCUCAUCGGCCGAUGCAUGCGGCCGGUGGGCUCCGGGCGGCACGACGAGCUCUAGGCGCGGCGGGGACGCAUCCCCCUUGUCCCCCGCCCGCCCGCCCGCCCGCCCGCUCCCGCUCCUCCGUCGGCCUGCCUGUGCCUUCCGGCUUCCCGCUCGUUCGUCGGCCCACCCGCUCCUGCGCCCUCCUCCGUCUCGAGCUGCUGUCAGGCCCUUGAGCCUGACAGGGCCCGCUACUUCAUUUAAUACGCUCCACGUGCCGGAUGUGACACGUACAAUUGCAUUUCAACGCAGUCUGCGGCUUAAUUUCAUACGGCCCACAGCUUAAGUAUGCAUGGCACGCAAAUUAAUUUAAAUACGGCCUGAGGCCUGUGGCUUUUUUAGGCCACUUAAAAAGAGCUGGGGAAAUUAUAUUUAUCUGAGCUGCACUAAUAGGGUACUUAGAGGGCAGUAUACAUAUGCAUAUUUUCCCUGGCAACAACACUGUGCUUCUUAUUUUAUCGUGCCCAGCCACUUUUGUCAUUGCAUGCGGCUUCUUUAUACUCGGUCGAACUCGCGCACGCUAUCUUUCACGUUCCUAUCGAACGACGCCAAGGAUCUGCGUUAACGUGCGGCCCCCGCCCGAGGUAUAAUUUAAGGUCGUUGCCCGCGCCGCUGAACGCCACAAAGGCGCCGUAGUUUGCGCGUAGGAGGAAUGACGAGGUUGGGGUGGCAGAGUGCGCCGCGACCCUGCCACCGGCAACUUCCGUGGCUCCGUCCGUGGCUCCGCUUAAUUGGGCCGGCUGUUAGGAGCGCUUCUUCUUGCAGUAGGCCGCCAUGCUUGCCUCCGGGAGAAUGCUUUAAUUCCCACUACUGUAUUUCUCAAUAUUUGAGAUCGUAACGCCUGAGGAAGCAAACGCUGUACCGUGCUAUCCGAGGACAAGCCGAUGUGUGAAUGCCUGCAGCACACACAAUUUUUUUUCUUCCUAUAACGGUUCUCAAGCAUUGCUUCGAUAAUUUGGACAAUUGUUUUAAAGAGUCCACGUCUAAGCGAACAGUUGUGCAAUCCUGUUGCACGCAACCGAUCUGCAACCGGUUGCCCAUAGUGGACGGACUCCACUUUCAAGCAUUGAUCCGCUCGGCGGUUUCAUCACCACGUGACUGCAUUUGCACGCCUGUGGUUGGUUGUUACAAUCCUGUUAUGUGGGGGAGGGCAGCCAGAAAGAGGGGUGGGGUUAUGCUAAUAUUGUGGGCGUGGUUAGAGCAUCUGGUCACGCCCAAACGCAUCCUCAUUGCCCAACUAGUCGCUCAGAUCUGGACAAAGUAACAUUUUUACCCCCCCAACCCCACCACACGGAACGGUAUAUAACGGCGAGCCAUGCUCACGUGUUAAAAACUCCCUCCGCCACCUACGAAUAUGCAAGCUUUUGCAAUCAAAACUUUUAUUACGUUAAGCACAGCCUUUUGAAGAUCGUUGGCCGAAUAUAAACAGUCAAACGGCAAGCCUUGCUCCGUCACGGCACAGCUGCAUGCGAAUGGGCGAGUGUGGUGGACGCUGGGGAGUGGAACGAUUUUUAUUGAACGGUCUCGCGCGUGUGUGUGCACUGUGCUGACCUUUAUAGGUGCUGCUCGCUAACAGCACUUGCCCCAAAAGUCUGUUAUAGCUACUCGGGGAAUUUUUGUCUUUGUGUUUAUAUUAGCUGCAGGGGUAUCGUAUACUUGUUACUGCAUAAGGCAAUCAACAAACGUCAUGGCUUACAUACGCAGCUCCACGUGGGCGUCGUGAACUUAGGAAUCAAUUAAUCGAUGGAUCGUCAUUUCGCCCCAAGUGGUCACGUAGAGUUUAGUGUAGUUUAGAUGUUUUUUAUUAACCGACUAAAAAGUCGUAAGGUUCAAAGGUUUGGAGUGCAACUAACCUCACUUAUCCACGAGCUUUGCAAUCUUAACCGAAACAAAUACAAUCGUUCCGUGCUUGACACGGUCACAUUUAUUCGCUUCGACUCGGGGGGGGGGGGGGGGGCCUUGGUGGGUGCUGUGCAUUUGGGUGGCCGGCGAGCGCUCCCAUCUUUGUGCAGAGCCACGUCUUGCACGUCGCGCCCCGGUCUCAAACGCUCGUGUGUGUGUAGGCCUUGGCAAGGUAAGGAAAUGUACCCUUUUUACCGGGUAGAAGGGUAAAGGUAAAGAUGUCGGCAUGCCAAGGGGUAAGGUAAAAGGUAGGGUAAAGGUAGGCUCGUUGUUUUUACCUUGUAACUUUUACCUUACCUUGCCGAGGCCUAUGUGUGCGCACGCGCAAUCCUUUCUCCUAAGACGAACUCCCGCCCCCAUGACAUUGUUAUAUCUUGGUGCUAUUCACGUGACGCGUUAGGGAGAUGUGUUUCCCCAUUUUGGGAUGAAUUCGGGAACAUUCCAAAGGUCGGGCAGGGAUGUAGGAAAUUUCGGAUGAACCAAAUAACCAAAAAGUGAGUUUAGCACGUAUGCUUUCGCGACCAAGAUCAUCCAUAAGUGUUUUUUUGGGUUAAAUCGCGUAAAUGUGUCGUUAAAACCCACGACCACCCGUCACAACCAAAUAGUACGGGUUGUCACGUAAACAGAACGUGCCAAUUCGUCACUAGUACAGCACACCGGUGUGUCGGAGAGCCAAGCCACACCAUUUACAAACGGAGUACGACGUUUCGUUAGUAAUUACAACUAGCUUCAUCAGGCCUGACGAAUUGGCUUGUUCUGUUUACGUGACAUACCCUUACUAGUUGGCUGUGUCAGGUGGUGGUGGGUUUUAAGGACACAUUUUUAUAUUUGCGCGAUCUAAACCAAAAAAACGUCUAUAGAAAAAAAGUUUCCGGCUAAAUUGAAAUUGUUACGUCACAGGAAAUAACGUCACAUACAAUAUCACUCCUGCGUGAUCAGGCGUCGCUGUUGUGAGCACAAAGACGCAUUACCACGCUGCGUAAGUUCACAAAGAAAUCCCAAAACAAAAUCCAAAAAAAAAAUCUUCAGAAAUUUCCAAGUCCCGGAAUUCAUCCCCGCUAAUGUGGUUUCGACGUUUUACUUCUCGGCAGUGAAUUUAAAAUAAAAAGGGUUAAUUAAUAGUUACGCCUCAUAGCCACUCGCACUGCCUUCUCGACGGUUCUGUCACAAGCUGCCUCUCCAGGGGAUUGCUAAAGUAGGGAAUGUGUGCGCGUGUUCAGGUGGGUUCAUGCAGUAAAUUUCUCGGCGUGCAUUUCUUAACCUCAAGCACAUCGCGCCCCCCCCCCCCACGCCAUCUUCUCACCCAUGAACGUUGCUAUAUUUUUAGCUACUUUAUUUCUCCACUGUUUUUCAAUUUUAUAUAUAUAUUCACCUUCCUACCAAUAAAAAAAAACAUUGACCAAAUAAA